AACAAACCCGGAUCCACGCAAGCAACGCCGGCCGCGCGGCCCUUCUACAAGAAGAAAAUGCUCGCCACGCCCACGCACACCCGCAGCCCCGCGUCACUCCGCCUCGUCCCCCACUACCCGCGCUUCCGCUUCCGCUUCCGCUUCCGCCACCCGCGCGAGCCACGAGGCGGCUCCGGCGGGCCGCGGCGAUCCCCUCUCAGGUGCCGCGGCGGGACCCCGCCUGCUGCUGCUGCAGCGGGGGCGGCGGAGGAAGGGAGGAUGGCCGCGGCAGCGACGGGGGAGAUGGUGUGGGCGCGCGUGCUCGAGGAGGGCGUGUUCCGGUUCGACGCCUCGGAGGCCGCGCGCGCCGCGGCGGGGCCCAGCCUCUCGUUCGCGGACCCGCGGCGGCGGGAGGCGCCGCGGGAGGGGGCGGACGCGCCCGCGGUGGUCCCGGCGUUCGAGGCCGCGCCGGGGGGCUCCCAGAGGGUCGUGCUCAAGCUUCCUUCUGGGACAUCUUUCUAUGGCACUGGAGAAGCGAGUGGCCCACUUGAACGAACAGGGAAACGAGUUUUCACGUGGAACACAGAUGCAUGGGGUUUUGGGCCAGGAACCACUUCUUUAUACCAGUCACACCCUUGGGUUUUGGCCGUCCUCCCUGAUGGAAAAGCAUUGGGUGUCCUUGCUGAUACCACUAGGCGCUGUGAGAUUGACUUGAGACAAGAAUCUACUAUAAAGUUUUCUGCCUUAUCUGCCUACCCUGUCAUUACUUUUGGGCCAUUUAAUAGUCCAGCUGAUGUCAUGACAUCUUUGUCACAUGCAAUCGGUACCGUGUCCAUGCCGCCAAAAUGGUCACUUGGCUAUCAUCAGUGUCGUUGGAGCUAUGAUUCUUCUGAGAAAGUACUCAAGGUUGUUAGAACAUUUAGGGAGAAAGGCAUUCCUUGUGAUGUUGUCUGGAUGGAUAUUGACUAUAUGGAUGGUUUUAGGUGCUUCACGUUCGAUGGUAACCGAUUCCCUGAUCCAAAAUCAAUGGUGGACAACCUCCAUUCCAUUGGUUGCAAAGCAAUCUGGAUGCUUGACCCAGGGAUCAAGAAGGAGGAGGGUUACUUUGUUUAUGAUAGUGGUUCAACAAAUGAUGUUUGGAUUCAAAAGGCAGAUGGCAGCCCAUUCGUUGGGGAAGUAUGGCCUGGUGAUUGUGUUUUCCCUGAUUAUACAUCUGAACAAACACGUGCCUGGUGGGCUAGUUUGGUAAAGGACUUCAUCUCUAAUGGUGUUGAUGGAAUAUGGAAUGAUAUGAAUGAGCCUGCCGUUUUCAAGACUACCACGAAGACAAUGCCUGAAAACAAUAUCCAUAGGGGAGAUGCUGAUAUCGGCGGUGUUCAAAAUCAUUCGUACUAUCACAAUGUCUAUGGAAUGCUAAUGGCAAGAUCUACUUAUGAAGGAAUGGCAAUGGGUAAUGCAGCUAAACGACCAUUUGUUCUUACACGAGCUGGCUUUAUAGGAAGCCAACGCUAUGCUGCAACAUGGACUGGUGAUAAUCUGUCAAACUGGGAGCAUUUGCACAUGAGUCUACCAAUGGUUCUUCAGUUGGGUCUCAGCGGUCAACCAUUGUCAGGCCCUGAUAUUGGUGGUUUUGCUGGAAAUGCCACUCCAAAACUUUUUGGAAGAUGGAUGGGUGUGGGUGCACUGUUUCCAUUUUCGCGUGGCCAUACAGAAACUGGAAGUGUUGACCAUGAGCCAUGGUCCUUCGGUGAAGAGUGCGAGGAAGUUUGUCGCCUUGCACUACUGAGACGGUACCGGCUACUGCCACAUAUCUACACUCUUUUUUACCGUUCACAUACAACCGGUAUUCCUGUUGCUACUCCAGUUUUCUUUGCUGACCCACAAGACCCUGAACUGAGGAAAGUUGAGACUUCCUUUCUCCUUGGACCACUUUUAGUCUGCGCAAGCACUUUACCUAAUAAAGGAGCUCAUGAAUGUGCACAUAAGUUACCAAAGGGCAUAUGGUUGCCUUUUGAUUUUGCGGAUUCACACCCUGAUUUGCCCGUACUGUAUUUACGUGGUGGAGCAAUUCUUCCUGUAGGUCUUCCUAUUAGGCAUGUUGGUGAAGCGAGUUUGGAGGAUGAUUUAUCACUAAUUAUUGCAUUGGAUGGAAAUGGUAAAGCUGAAGGUGUCCUCUUUGAAGAUGCUGGAGAUGGAUAUGCAUUCACACAGGGAGACUAUCUUUUGACAUAUUAUGGUGCUGAACUCCACUCAUCGGUGGUUACUGUCAAAGUCUUGAAAUCUGAAGGGUCAUGGAAGAGACCAAAACGAAAUUUAAAAUUAAAUAUAUUGCUUGGUGGAGGUGCUAUGAUAAGCGCUGAUGGUGUUGAUGGUGAAGAAAUACACCUUACAAUGCCUUCUGAAUCACAAGUGUCCAGCUUAGUUGCCACUAGUGAACUUGAGCACAAGAAACGAUUGGAGAUGAUUCAGCCUAUACCUGAUAUCGAUGAGCCAUCAGGACAGGAAGGUGCUGAGCUAUCAAAAAUACCUGUUGAUUUAAAGAAUGGAGACUGGUUGCUUAAGAUUGUCCCAUGGAUUGGCGGUCGUAUUAUCUCAAUGACCCAUCUUCCUUCUGAUUCCCAGUGGCUUCACAGCAGGAUAGAGAUCAAUGGUUAUGAAGAAUACAGUGGGACUGAAUAUAGGUCUGCUGGCUGCACUGAAGAGUACAAAGUCAUCAGGAGGUAUCUGGAGCAAUCGGGAGAGGAGGAAUCUAUUUGUAUGGAAGGAGACAUUGGUGGUGGUCUGGUUCUCCAGCGCCAGAUAUCUAUUUUGAAAGACAACCCAAAGAUUGUUCAGAUUGACUCUAGCAUUCAGGCAAGAAGUGUAGGAGCUGGAUCUGGUGGGUUUUCAAGGUUGGUCUGUUUACGAGUUCAUCCUACAUUCACCCUGCUGCACCCAACUGAGGUGGUGGUUGCUUUCACGGCCAUCAAUGGUUCAAAGCAAGAGUUCUCCCCAGAGUCAGGAGAAAUAACAUUCGAGGGAGACCUCAGACCCAAUGGUAAGUUACUUUGUGCACCACUUGAAGACUCUUCCACCUUGGCCAAUCUGCCAACUCAUUUACUCUUUCGGCAAAUCCUCAGGGGAAUGGAUGCUAGUGGACAAGUGUGUCGGGCUGAGCUUGGUUAACCGGUUUGACCCCAGUGAGGUUAGCAAAUGCCUGGUGCACUGGGGAACUGGUGAUGUGAACAUGGAGCUUUGGUCGGAGGAAAGGCCUGUUUCUAAGGACACGCCGAUGAGGAUUUGCCACCAGUAUGAGGUGAGGCAAACAAACUAAACACUGCCAGGACAGCAGAAAUAAAUGUGCCACUUUAGAUGAUGCUUCGCUUCAGGCUAGCACUUGUUUUACGGCCUGUGUGUAUCGACGAUGGCUCACCAUAACUCGCAAGGUAUUUUGGAGUCGUGUCGUCACAGCCCUAAGAGGAACGCUUUGCUUCAAAAGGUUGUUCGGCAAUCCCUGCUAUGUUCGCUAGACUUCAUCAUUAAUAAAGCUGUGUGGUACAUGUUGCAAUCUCCGUUAUCUGUUUCAA